UUGAAGAACCCUAAAGCCCUAUCUCAACCACCAAGUAUAAACACUGCAAUUAUCGCCGCACUUCAUCUUUCUUAGUCGAUCAGGAGGAGGACGCUAGGGUUUCUGCAACUGCACUGCAAUGGGGAAGGGAACAGGGAGUUUCGGUAAGAGGAGGAACAAGACUCACACACUAUGUGUGAGGUGCGGUCGCCGCAGUUUCCAUCUCCAGAAGAGCCGUUGUUCUGCUUGUGCUUAUCCUGCUGCCCGUUUGAGGAAAUAUAACUGGAGCGAGAAGGCACUCCGCAGAAAGACAACUGGUACUGGACGCAUGAGGUACCUUCGCAAUGUUCCUCGCAGAUUCAAGACCGGUUUCAGAGAAGGGACUGAAGCUGCACCAAGGAAGAAGGCUGCAGCAGUUUCUGCUUGAGGCCCUUUGAGAGGGUUAUUGAGGGAGGGUACUUUUUAUAACAUUAGCAUCAUUUUGGUUAUUUUCUGGAUUUGAUGCCCAAUCAAAGUUAGAAGUGCUUAAAUUUUGGAAAUGUGUUGUUGAAAUUGGCAUUUUGGCAUUAAGGGAUUUUAUAGGCCGUUUUCAAUUUUUGGUUGCUCCGAAGUCUGAACUCCCUUUCCAUGUCUUAAGUUUUUUUGAAUUUGAAGUUUGAGGUUUUGUUUA